CUGUUUCCGUUGGAUACAACUGGACUUUCCUGUAUUCCAUAACAGUGGUGGACGUAUAUAGCAUUGGAGAACGUGUAGAAUCACGUGUUGGGAGCUGUCCUGUUUCUAGGAACGAGUUCCAUCGGCGAGGGGGAGUCAACGGAAGGACAGGUCGCACCACGAGGCCCACCAAACCAACACACGAACCUCAACUCACCAGCGCAUCGUAUGGCGUUUAGCCAAGCCAACCUAUAAUGUGCCUGUGGACUGUCAUUGUUCUGAAAUCUCUGAAAUGAUGAGAGCUGACCACGUGGUUUCUCUAGUUAGCUGGGUCCGCAACAAGGUUGAGAGGGUUCGUCAAAUCAAAACAAUCGCGCACGUCUGCUUUCGACACGUCACAGGCAAUUACGGUACUGGCCAGUAGGACUGCCUAUUCAUCAAUCACGACUCGACACCUGCAGUUCUGUUAAAAGUUGAUAAGGGGCGCUACUUCUCGGACCCAAACGUUGUUACCCUAUACAGACAGUCAAUAAGCUUCCCUUUCCAACAAGACUUACCGUUUAUAAAACAAUUGAUAGAUCAAGAGAGGGCUUGUAUUUGCUGUAGUAGCUUGUUUAAGCACAAAGUACAAGGACAAGGAGAUUGGAUUCGUUCCAAGAGCGCACCAUUGUAUACUCUUCUCAGCACAUUUUUGUACUCGGUUCAAGGGCGACUAAGUAUCAACUCAAGUGCCAUUGGAAUGCUUUGUGAUAUCAUUACAUAUCUCUGUGAAUAGAAGAGCAUACAGACGUGUCUGUCUUGUUAUCUCUGUCAGAAGGCGGUGGUAAAUUUGGCACGGGUUUACAGAGGUGGUGUUUAGGCGGGAAAAAACGGGGACGUGUCGUCUGCGAGGGUGACUGAAUACCGAGAAAUUCAUCACACCAAACGUCCUGAUCUCCAAAUACGUCCAGACCUUUGGACAGUCGCUACAUCAAAGAGGGACCACGCUUACAACUGUCGAAGCUCCUGGCAAGACUACCUCCGCUCACGCUGUGUGGUCCGAGACAACCUCUACUCAAGACCCCGAGAAUCUUGUGGACAGUUGUCGCUCCAACUCACGUUCGUGAACUUCAGGGGCAGUUCAUUCAAGUUCAAGAAUCGUUUUCUUUGUUGUCUUUGGACUGUCUUUAGAAAGUCUGCUGCUUCGCGCCUCUUGACAACGCCUCUGGCCCGCCCUAAAAAUCCGAGCCCACGUGAUCUUCAGUUCAUCAUUAGCUAACAGCGUAGACUCGGAACACGAGAGGACCAAUGCAGCUGAACAACCAACCAAAGAUGGAGACCUCCAACGGGUCCGUUCCUGUUGAGGGGAAGCGAGCGGAAGACGGCGAGAUCCCGACAGCCAAAGUCGAUAACGUAGAGAUGACCACAUUGGCUGAUGGAAAGGCCGUUGCAGACAUGGAGGAGGGAAAGAUGGCCAAUCACGUGGACGAAGACAAGAAGGGUACGUUGGAGGAUGAAGAGGAAGAGGAAGGAAGAAUGGCGUGGGAUAAUAAGUACCAGUAUCUCCUGUCACAGAUCGGCUUCGCUGUUGGUCUGGGGAACGUGUGGAGGUUCCCAUACCUGUGUCAACGUAACGGAGGCGGGGCAUUCCUGAUCCCAUACUUGAUCAUGUUGAUCAUCGAGGGGAUCCCGAUCUUCCACAUCGAGUUCGCGAUCGGACAGCGGAUCCGGAAGGGAUCCAUCAGUGUGUGGAGCGCGAUCAGUCCGUACCUAGGGGGCCUCGGCUGGGCCAGUGUGGCUGUGUCGUUUUUCGUGGGCCUCUAUUACAACGUCAUCAUCGCCUGGUGCAUGUUCUACCUCUUCAACUCAUUCCAGUCGCCAUUACCGUGGGCGUCAUGUCCUGGGAACGGGACGGUUCCCGAGUGCGAGGCCUCGUCCCCAACGACGUUCUUCUGGUAUCGCGAGACUUUGGACAUCACGCGAGACAUCGAAGAGAGCGGUGGGCUGGACUGGAGACUGACCCUGUGUCUCUUCUGCGCAUGGCUCAUUGUCUGCAUGGCCAUGAUCAAGGGCAUCAAGUCGUCAGGAAAGGCUAUUUACUUCACUGCCACCUUCCCGUACGUCGUGCUGCUGAUCUUCUUCUUCCGAGGUGUGACGCUAGAGGGCGCUGGUGACGGGUUGGCACGCAUGUUUACACCACAGGUUGAUAAGCUGACAGACCCUAUUGUGUGGUUAGAGGCAGCUACUCAGGUCUUCUUCUCCCUCGGUGUGGCCUUCGGUGGCCUGAUCUCCUUCUCAAGCUACAACCCCAGGAAGAACAACUGCACGCGAGAUGCCGUGACGGUGGCCAUUAUCAACUCGGGCACGUCCAUUUUUGCCUGUGUGGUGAUCUUCUCAGUCCUGGGCUUCAAGGCGACACACGACAGUCAAAAGUGCUUAGAUGAGUUUUCGGCAGUGCUCCAGAGAAGUGUGCCAGAGUUUAACGACACCAUAACAAGAGGGAACUACCUCGACUUUCAAAUGGCCUACAACACCACACCUGCCAUUAGCGAGUUCGACUUUACCACUUGUGAUAAAACAAAGAACUUGGACACGGCUGUGGAGGGAACGGGCCUUGCCUUCAUCGUGUUCACCGAAGCCAUGAACCAGUUCUACCCGAUAGCUCUGGGUCCGCUCUGGUCCAUCCUCUUCUUCCUCAUGCUGCUCAACCUCGGCCUGUCGUCCAUGUUUGGCACGCUAGAGGGCGUUCUUACACCGAUCCUGGACUCCGGCGUAUGGAAGUGGAGGAAAGAGUUUCUUGUUGUCACGCUCUGCGUCGUCAGCUUUCUGACAGGACUAAUCUUCACCCAGAAGUCUGGAAACUACUGGUUGGACAUCUUUAACGACUACAGCGGCACAUUCCCACUUCUACUGAUCGGUUUCAUCGAACUCAUCGCCGUUAUUUGGAUCUAUGGUUUCAACAGGUUAUCAGACGAUCUGUUGUACAUGACGGGUUCCCGCCCUAACAUGUACUGGAAGGUGACAUGGCUGUUCCUCAGCCCGCUGUCCAUGGGAGUCAUCUUCGCUGCCACCAUCUACAGGGAAGCCAGCAGUUUCCCUGCCACCUAUCAGAGUUGGGACCAAAUAAAGGGGAGACUAGGGGAGGAGGAGCCCUACCCGUGGUACGCCAUGAUGGCGUGCUACCUCCUGGUCGUUCUUCCCUUGAUCUGCAUUCCCAUCGUCGCCAUCAAGCGGAUAUUCGUCCCCUACGACGGCGAGGUAAUACAGCCGAUAGAGGGCGCUCGUUGGAAUCCAUUCAGGAAGCACGAGCCGAAAAAAUCCGAUAUAUCUUCAUCUGGGGUGGACGGUAUAGUGAACCCAGCGGUCACUGAAUUGUAAAUAACGUAGAAUUUCGUAAUCUUAGAUAACUGAGAAAUGUAAAGACUUAGACUUAGGGAAAGCAUUCUUGUUCAUCAGCCAUUUAUCGUAAAAAGAUUUUUUUAAUUACUUAGACCCCCUUUUAAUCUCCAAGCAGAUCUAUUGGGUGCAGGGUCAGUUGGAUACUGUUUAGUCGUUGGAUACUAUCCUUGCCCCCAAUAGAUCUGCUUGGAGAUUCCCUUCCACUAGUCGGCAAUUGCUAAGUGACCUUUAAAUUUGGUGACCCUAACGGUUUUCAAACUUAAAUAUGAUGUAAGAUGUAAAAGUAAUUUGAUUCAAAAGACAUCAAAACUUUGUAAAAGACAUUCAUUCGUUAUCCAUGAAUGACCAGUCAACUGUUUGGACGCUUAGUGGUUAGAGCCUCUAGUGGAGAGGGGGAGGGGGGUGCUACAGAGGAAAGUACUCAAAUGACAACAGAAUUGUGCUCUGUCGUGCAAUUUUGAUAAAACAGACUGAGACUGUUUCAGAUUUUCAUGUUUGGGUUUAAAAGUUCCUUUGCCGAAUCAGACAUACAAAUUUUGUCAAACACUGACCAAAAAAUUACAUUCUGAUAACUGUUACAUUGAAUACUUUCCUCUCGUUCUAUCAUUUAUUUUCUUUUUACUGCUAGUUAGAUUUGCCACAGCUGUCAAUGUUACUGGUGUAGUGCUACAUAUAGUAUCACAUGCACCAUAUUUAAAUCCGAUCUCAGGAUGUGGUCAAUGUAAAAACCGGAGGUGAAGUUUUCAGGCAAAUACGGAGGGGUUCCGAACACACCUCUAGAGGUAAUGUCAAGACGGGGUACGGUCCUCCGUAGAUACCUUUGGCUCUCAGUUGCCAUGAAGAAAAUAAUAUUGAGCCAAUAGUAACAACUGAGGAUGGUAGCCAGGCUAUAAAGUAUAAAAUCACUUGGUCAAACUUUUAACUUUUGGACAAAACUACCCAAAGAAAUUUGCCAUUUUUUUGUACUGCACUGGAUAAAAUACUGAAUUAUUAAGGUACAGAGAAAUGAAAAUUUGUCAAGUGUUAUGGUUUGGGUGACACUGCCCAUUGAGAACCCCACCUUGUUUGCCUACAUACCCCUUACAUGGAUGACAUUGACAGUUGCAAUAGUGUAUAUUUCACACGUUAUCUCAGGUCUAGCUACGCCCCUUAGCUCAUUUCUAGCAGCGCAUUGAUUUUUCUCUCAAGUUGUGAAAAAUGUAAUCCUUUUUACAUAGUGUGAUGUAUCCCUCCGCGCCAUUGUCACCAUGUGAUCUUCUUUGCCAUACACCCCAAUUGUAAUGCUUUCAUUGAAGUGUGCCCCCUAGUAGUUACCAAUGAAACUGCAGACUUUCGGAUAACAGGGUGGCAAUGGAAAUUGUACUGUGUAUUAGAUGUUGAUAUGUCCUUACAGAAGAGAUAUUAUCCAAUAUCUCUUCUUUUCACUGUUGAUAUAGCCUGCGUUUAUUAUAAGAUACAGGUGGCAGCUAUGGUAUAGAUAGUAAUAAUCUGUUACUAGUUACUGUAUACUGAGCAACUUUGAUUAUUUCUUUUAAUUGAUUAUUUUGAUUGUUUGUUAAACAUGAGAGGCCACAAGUAUCAACAUUUUCAUUUUUUUCUCUUUAUAGUUUAUGUAAAAAGAUACAAUUGAUAAAUACUUACCUACUCACAUUAUAUACUUAUCAACAUAUAGUAGUCAUUGUAUUUAUAUUUGUGAAAAACAGUGUUUUGAUGAUAUAUCAUAUUAUCAACUUGUAUAUAUUAUGUAGUCUGUACAUGUAAUGUAGAUUGGUCAGUUGACAUAUAACAUUACUUAAACUUUAACUUGUUUUGGUUAUAAUCCAUUUUUCAGCUGCUACAAAAAAAAGGAAAAAACUUUUACUUUUAUUUUAUUGUUUUACCAUUGAUAUAUUAUUGCUCUGAUAAGAGUCCGUAAUAUUUUGAUUAAUACUUUUAUUAAUACAUAUGUUUAUUUUAUAAUCCACUACACAUGAACAAAACUUUGUAUAAUGAAUCUACGUCGAUGUCUAAAAAUGGAGGUUAAAACUGUUAGGUUGACACAAUAAUCCAGAGAAAUGAUUUUUUGUGACAUUUUGCCAUCAACUUUAAACAACACAGCUUAUUUAGUGAUUACAUGUUUUAAUCUAACAUGAAAAUAAACACAACUUAUGUUUCUGUUACAUAAUAUUAUUCACCAAUUAUUCUUCCUAUUACCAUUAACGUAAUGUUAUCACUCAGAGUUGUGUCUGAAUUAUGUAAGCUGAUUGUAAUAAAUACGGAUUGUACAUGUACAGUUACAAA